UCACUUCCAUCAUCAUUCUCUCUCUCUCUACUUUCUCUCUCUACAUUCAUACGUUUCUUCAGUGCUUCUACAGAUUCCCAUCUGUGUGCGUGUACCUUUUUCUUCUAGACACAAUCAUCUUCCACCGUCAAUCACGUUUAAAAUCAUUCAAAUGUUCCAAUAAUAAUCUUACCAUUCAUGGCGAAAAGCGGACGAGAUCCAACAAAGGCUACGAUGGAGCUCAAAAGGGAGUUGCAAAAACUCGUGAAAUCAAUCGUUGAAGACUCAAUUUCAUCGUCACAAGAUGAAAUUGAAUCCAAUCAUUUGAUCGAUAAAGCUAUUCAAACUUUGCAGGCUUUGAAACAACGAUCAUCGAAUAUUAAAAAGUUCGAUAAUAAUAAUAAUAAUAGUAAUAAUAAUAAUAAUAAUAAUAAUGGGAGUUCGAAUUCGAUUUGGGGUUCGUGUCCUGUUGAAUUUCGGUGCCCAAUUUCUAAAGAACUUAUGAGGGAUCCUGUUAUUGUUUCUACUGGUCAGACUUAUGAUAGGCCUUUUAUCCAAAAAUGGUUAAAAGCUGGGAACAGGAUAUGCCCCAAAACACAACAAGUUCUUUCACACACUAUUUUGACCCCAAAUAAUUUGGUUCGAGACAUGAUAACCCAAUGGUGCAAGAAUCGCGGGGUCCACUUUCCCGGCCCGGUUCAGUAUUCGGAUCAAGACGGGCUAACCGAAGCGGACCGGGAUCUUUUCUUAUCACUUCUAAAGAAAAUGCAGUCAACACAAUCUGAACAAAAAGACGCUGCGAGGACUUUGCGGUCGUUGACGAAAAGAAUGCCUUCGUUUCGCGCGUUGUUCGGUGAAUCUCUCGAGUCUAUACCUCAGUUGUUAACCCCAUUGUGCCAAAGCAAGUCGCAAACGGAAAUCCACCCGGAUCUUCAAGAGGAUUUGAUUACGACGCUGUUGAAUUUGUCGAUUCAUGAUAAUAAUAAGAAGCUUGUUGCAGAGACACCGAUGGUUAUUCCGCUGUUGCUAGACGCGUUAAGAUUCGGGACUAUUGAGACGAGAACGAAUGCGGCGGCAACCCUUUUCACUCUAUCGGCUCUCGAUUCGAAUAAAUCGCUGAUCGGGAAGGCGGGUGCGUUGAAACCGUUGAUUGAUCUUUUGGAAGAGGGGCAUCCGUUGGCGAUGAAAGACGUUGCUUCCGCUAUCUUUAAUUUGUGUAUCGAACAUGAUAAUAAAGCUCGAGCGGUGCGUGACGGUGCGGUGAGAGCGCUUUUGAAUAAAAUUAAAAACCGGGUUCACGUCGAUGAGUUUCUGGCGACUCUCGCUAUGCUUUCGAGCAACCAAAGAGCGGUUGAGGAAAUGGGAGAACUCGGGGCGGUUUCGUGUUUGCUUUCGUUGAUCAAAGAAACGAAUUGUGCGCGAAACAAGGAGAAUUGCAUUGCGGUUUUGUACACCAUUUGUUAUUACGAUCGAACGAAAUGGAAGGAGAUGAGGGAAGACGAGAGUAAGUACGGUACUUUAUCGCAAGUUGCGCAAAAUGGUACUUCGAGGGCCAAACGGAAAGCGAAUGGGAUACUCGAUAGGUUGAAUCGCGCUAUCAACUUGACCCACACCGCGUGAUCUUAAUUGCGAGUCGAAAAAAGAUCUGUAAAUUCAACAUCUUCUAUAUCUCAUUUCAGGUUUGAGUUGUAGUUAUAGGUUUGUUUGCUUUUUUUUUUUUUUUUUUUUUUGAAACUCAAUUUUGUAAAUUCUUGUCCCCAAGUUUGAGCUUAUGGCCAUUGUGAAUAAUUACUAUAUAUGAUUAUUAUAUAUAAUAUAUAUAUCUAUUUAUAUGAUUA